AUGGCCUCGUGCGUAGAGGCCGCCGCCGUCGGGCGACCGACCCGCAAGAGGAUGCGCGUCGCCAUGGGCACCACAGAGGACUACGAGGAGACCUGCCGCCUCGGCGAGGGGGCCUUUGGCGCCGUGAUCAAGGCGCGCCACCGCGCCACGGGCCAGCCCGUCGCGAUCAAGCACCUCGGCGCGGACCUCGGCGGCCACGCCACGCUGCUGCGGGAGGCGCAGUUCCUCGAGGCGUGCGGCCGCGACAACCCGUUCGUCGCCGGGUUCCGCGGCCUCGCCCGCAACCCGGCCACCAUGGCCCUAUGCCUCGUGAUGGAGUUCGUGGGGCCCAGCCUCGACGACCUCCUCAGCCAGCGCCCCUACGGGAGCAGCCCGCCGCUGCCCGAGGCCACGGUGCGCGCCGCCAUGUGGCAGCUGCUCAGCGGCGCCGAGAAGAUGCACGGGCGCCGCGUCAUCCACCGGGACAUCAAGCCCUCCAACAUCCUCGUCGGCGCCGCCGGUCGCAGCGUCGUCAAGAUCUGCGACUUCGGGCUCGCCAUGUCCAUGGACGAGCGGCCGCCGUACGAGCAGGCGGGCACGCUGUGCUACAUGGCGCCCGAGAUGCUGCUGGAGAAGCCCGACUACGACGAGCGCGUCGACGCCUGGUCGCUCGGCUGCGUCAUGGCGGAGCUCAUCAACGGCUGGAGCCCGUUCCAGGGCCUCAACGAGGAAGGCCAGCUCUGCGCCAUCUUCGACGUGCUCGGCGUGCCGGACGAUACGACGUGGCCGUGGUUCUCGUCCACGACGUUCGCCGCCGUGUGGAUGCCGGAACUGGACAGCAUGCCGCGGCGCAGUCUCCUGCGCGAGCACUUCCCGGAGACGACGCUGUCCGAGGAAGGAUUCGAGGUCCUCAGCGGCCUCCUCACGUGCAACCCGGAGAAGCGGCUCACGGCGGCCGCUGCGCUCAAGCAUCCAUGGUUCGCCAAGAUCGACGCGCUGGAGCUGCCAAUGAGAGAGGAAGUUGCAUCGGCGUUGCCCAGGAGAGUGAAGAGGCUAAGGGUGUUGUGCCCGUGA